AGAGGGUCGGCCGGAGACUAGGCGCUGCCAGUGUCGGCGGGGCGAUGCGUUGAGCCGCAUGGACACGCUCUACACUGCCAGGGUGCACGGCUUCGCGGCCCCGGGGCUCGUCAACCUGACAGGCCUCGAGGGCCACGAGGGCCUGCUGUCGCUCGUUGCCGUGCUCGGCAGCUCCAUUUCUCUUGUCGCGCUUGUCUUUGCUUUCAUUACUUACAGCUUGUUCUCGGACCUCCGCACCAUUUCCGGCACGGCACUCAUCAACCUGCUGGCGGCGCUCUUCAUGGUCCAGCUGCUCUUCGUCAUUGGCGUGGGCGGAGUGCAGGACCGUGAGCUGUGCUGGUCGUUGGCUUUGGCGCUGCACUACAUGCGACUGACAGUUUUCUGCUGGUUAGCCGCGAUGACUUUCGACCUGUACUGCUGCUUCAGGGAGAACGUGUCGCUGGUGGCCGCGCUGCCGUCGCCACCGGCGCUGCGCCAGUCGUUCGCCAGGCUGUCCCUAUUUGCGUGGGGCGCGCCGCUGCUGCCAACGCUGGCCGCUGGCCUGCUGCAGCUGCGGCCGGACGCCGCCGACCUCUCUGACCCCAACUGCUGGUUCUUUGACGACGUGCCCGCCGCCGCCACCUUCUCCAUCCCCGCCGCCAUCCUGCUCAUCGUCGACCUGGCUUUCCUCGUGCGUGCCGCCGCCGUCGCCCGUGCGGCCGUCGCUCUCCAACUUGAACAACGCGUCAAGGCGAAGAUGGUGCGACGAAGGCGGCUGCAGCUGUGGCUGUUCUUCCGGCUGGCCGCUUUCCUGGCCGUGGUGAGCGCGACAGGCGUGGCCGGCCGCCUCAUGCACAGCCACAUCUUGCUGGCCGCUUUCUGCGUGGCCGCCGGGCUGCAGGGCCUCGUGGUGGCGCUGAGCGUGGCCUGCAGCUGCCGCGUCCUCAAGCUGUACACGCGGCCUCGUCGCCCGCCGCCGGCCGCCAGGCCCGGCGCCCUGCACAAGGCACCUAGCGCCAUGCACCUCAUGCAGUCGUGCGACGCCUCGCCUGUUUGAUCUCUCUCAGUGUCUGCGUUUAUCACCUCUCUCCUUCGAAAGCAUAUCCCAAUGUCUAAAUAUUGUAAAGCGCUAUACAGAAAUAAAUGUAUUUUGGUGUGAAA